AUGCCGUCGAUAAUGAUACCAAGGGCAGGGGGGACGCCGGCAGCCAGCGCCGAGUAUCUCGCGGAAAGCAAGUCCGGAAGCCUCAAAGUAAUCCUCUGGAUUGCUGCAUCACUCCCGACACUGUUUGUACUUAUGCGCUGCUACACGCGAGUGUGGCUAAGGAAAGUGUUUGGUCUUGACGACGCUUUCAUGGUGGCGGCUGUGCUCAUGUUGAUUGCAUACGCUGCCGUCCUGAACGUGGCUGCAGACAAGGGGCUGGGUCGGCACUUGGAAUAUAUCAUGCGAAACCCGCAAAACGCCAUGGAUGUUGCCAUGCUCAGCUUUGUAUCACAGCCGCUCGUCAUCGUGUCGUGUGCCUUUGGGAAAACCAGCUUCGCCCUGACUUUGAUCCGGGUGGCAGUACAGCGGUGGGUCAUAGUGCUCCUUUGGUUCAUGAUUGUUUCCAUGAACAUUCUGCAUGUCUUGAUUUCAAUCUUCGUCUUCCUCCGGUGCGAGGAUCCCCGUCACCUAUGGAAUCCUACAAUUCCCUCCAAAUGUUGGUCGGCGGCAGCAUUCGAUGACUUGUCCCUGUUCAUUGGCUCAUACUCGGCCGCGACGGACUUUAUCCUCGCGUUGCUGCCAUGGGCGAUCCUCUGGAAGCUGCAGAUGAAGAAGCGCGAGAAGUUUGGAGUUGCUGUGGCCAUGAGCCUCGGCAUUUUUGCCGGCUCCAUUGCCAUUAUCAAAAUUCAGUAUCUUGUCGCAAACACGGACGGCCAGGAUAUCACUUACUCCCUCGCUUCGCUCCUGGAAUGGGCUGGAGUAGAGAACGGCGUCAUUUUGGUGGGCGCCUGCGUUCCCACCUUGCGACCACUGCUCAAGAAGAUAUUCCCUGGGUCUACGGCCAAGAAAGAGGAGCCGCCGUCUCAUGACACGGAGCUUGUGACCUUUACCAACUUCAACAUGUUUUCUCCAAAAGCCAGACGGGGGCAGUGGAGUACGACGGUUGAAACCGAGCAUCCCCAAGAUACAGACGACCAGAGCGAGCGCAGCAUUCUCAAGCGAGCCCCUGAAGAGAGCGAAAACACCGACGUCCUUCGCCGGUCGAGCCGAGGAGCUGGCCUGGAGCAGCCAAGCGAUGAACCGCAUCACAUCAAGAAGACAAUGGAAGUUGACGUCAUCUACCAUCAACCAUGA